ACAUUUAUAUUCUACAAGUAAAUAAUUGUUUUCGGGAUUUAAUUUUGGAUCCUUUCGAUAAAUUUGUUAAAAAAUUAAGGAAAACUGAAUGAUAAAUGUCUUAAUUAUAUGAAAAACGCUAAAUUUAUAAUAGAGCAUAAUCGGUACAAUGGAUUUGCAAAAUAUUCCUAUCGAAAAACAAGUAAAUCUUAUUUUGCUCUCAAAGGUUUUGAAAAAUAACUUGGAUUUAAAGAAGAAAACUAACCUUAGUCUCUAUCAAAUCCACCGUAUACUACAAAAUCAAGAUGUUAUUUUGGAGGUGUGGAAAGAAAGAAACAAAAAAAUAAAAAAAACACCAGACUAUACAGUUGCCGUCGAAACACUUCUACUGGAAUGGAUACGCCAGUGUAAAUUAAAAAAAGUAAAUUUAUCAAUAACCACAAUACACGAACAAAUAAACUAUCUAAAGGAAUUAUUUAAAAUAUUCUAUAAAAUAAAUAUGAAAAUUUGGACUCGAAUAAGAACAAUUUUAGGGGAUUUACUUUAUAAUAAUGUCUCAACGGAUUGUAUACCUUUUGAUAUAUAUGCAAUUUUUCAAAAAGAAGGUAAACGAUUAUUAAAAGCUGAAAUAUAUGAGGAAUUUCUUGAGCGUCUGGAUGUUAAAGCGAUAAGGAGCAAUUCAAAAAAAUCUAUUGAAAGUAAAAGUCCUAAAACGAAAGCAAAACCCCCAGAAGAAAGUAAAAUUGAAAAUAAAGAUGAUGAUGAAGUUAUUGCAGUUGAAAACCCCAUUACAGUUGUUGAUAUUAGCAAUGAUGAUACAGAAUUUUAUGAUAAAAUUACCAAAAUUAAAAGCGAACCAUUAUCGCCAACUUACUCCGUUCGUCAAGAUGUAAUAAAGGAAACUAUUAUUUCAUCUAAGGAUAUUGAAACGACAGAAAUAGAGCAAACAAAAGAGGUCUCUAUUAAAAAAGAGCCCCAAGCGAAUAUUGAAACUGAAAAUCUCAUUAACAGUUUAGAAGAGGAACUAAACGAGUUUGAAGAAUUUAUUGAUAUUCCUGAAAAUCCAAGAAAAACUUUAAAGCUAGAGCCUGAUAAUGAGAAAGCUCUAGAGACCAGGAUUAAAAUAGAAGCGCAAGAGUGUGAUAAUACGAAAGUGUUGGUUCCUAAUAUUAAACUUGUAAACAGCGAGUGUAAUAAAGCGAUGGAAUCCAACAUUAAAAUAGAACCCCCGGAACUAAACGAUGACAUUUUGCAAGUGGAACAUAAUGAAUUAGAAACAUUUCUAGGAAUUUCUAAUGAUCAACAAACAGAAUCUGCAAAUGAAAAAAUUGAAGAUAUUUCAGCAGAAAUUAAAAGGCAGUUAGAUUUCGAUUUUAUGGAUGACAAUGACAGUGAAUGCAUUGAUAUUUAUCAAAUUGUAGAUAAUAAUGAAGAAGAUGAUAAGGGAGAAAAUGAAUGUUCUACAAAAAAUCUUAGUAAAAAAGAAACUAAUGAAACCCUGAAUGGAAUUGGAAAGAAACCCAUUGAAAUUGAAUUUAGUGAUUUUGAUUGUUUACAAAUUAUACUGAAAAAAAACUGUGAUAAAUCAUUAAAAGAAAUCUUAAAAGAAGUUAAAAAUAAAACAAAUGAAACAGCUGAAGUUAUAAAGAAAACUGAAGAGGAAAAUGAAGAAACACAAAUUGAACUAGACAUUGAAGAUGGUGAUUUUGAAGAUUUACAAAAUGAACUGGAAAAAAACUGUGAAGAAGAAAAUAAAACUGCUGAAGUUAUGGAGGAAGACGAGGAGGAAAAUGAAGAAACACAAAUUGAACUAGAAAUUGAGGACUGUGAGGAAGAUGUACAAAAUGAAUUAAGGGAAAUAAUAAAUAAAUAUGCCAAGGAAAAUAAACAAGAAAGAAAAACAGAAAAUCCUUUAGAAAUUAUACAACAGGAAGAAAAGCGAUUACCAACUGAGAAGGACGAGGACGACUAUGAAAUUGUUUUCGAAAUUGUAUCCGAUGAGGAAGUUGAUGCCAAUAAUGCGGAGCUUAAUAGAGUAAUUGAUUUGUUAAAAACAAAACAAAUAAAUGAAAGUGGAAAAAGACGUGGUAGUCAGACAGCAGAUGAAACUUCCCUUUUAAAUACACCUAGCAGAAAAAUGCCACGUUUAAAUUCAAAUCAAUCCGAAGACUUAGUUGCUAAUAUUAAGAGUAAUGAUGAUGUUACAAAAUGUCUUUAUAAAGAUUUUAAAUCGUCAAAUGUUAAGAAGCGUAGAAGAGUUAAAAAAAGAACUUUUUAGAAAACUAACAAAAUGCAUACCUAAAUGCUUUGUUAGUUAUUUUAGUUGUAUUAUAACAGUAAGAUUUUAUUCUUAUUAGAAUAAGUAUUAUUUCUUGGAAAAGAUUAUUUGUUUAAUGAAUAACUUUAAGUUUUAUUAUAAAAACCAAUAUUUUAGUUUUUAUUUCUGAGAUGAAAUUGUUUAAUUUUAGAAAACUGAGGACUUUUGAUAAUAACAUUUAAAACGAAAUAAUGAAUCUUAUAAGAAUAAGAUAUUUUUGAAAUGCCUUUCUUUACUAAUUCGUUUUACAAAAGUCCUUAAUAUUUAUUUGUUUGAAUUAUAAGUAAAUGUAAUUAUUUUCUAUAAAUAAAACUGAAUGCGAAAAAAAGUACAAAAGCCCUGUAAUUGCCUUGUAACUAAACUGUGAUAUUUUUGUUAAGACUGAUUUUUUUGUUAAUAUAUUUUUUAAGAACAAAUAAAACGUUUUGUUUAUAAACCCCAAAA